UGGCUUGCUGCAAAGUCAAAUGUUGCUGUCAAGAACAUAGCAGAGAAGUUAUACAGCCUUGGGUUUACAGCUUGGAGACUGUUGGUAUCAGCUGAAUUUCAUAAUGACUGGCAUGAACAUCUCUAUGCAGGACUCACAGCUAAUGUCAUCCGGUCAGAUGAGCUGCCUAGGAUGUCACCAAACUCAGUCAACCAGAGAUUCAAUGGCUGUCAAGUUGUCCUUUGUACUCUGGAUAUGCUAUCAAACCCUCAGCUUCAGCACCGUGGAAUCAUCCAUCUUAUCCCAAUUACUACCCUUGUUAUCGAUGAAGCCAGUCAGAUUGAUGUGAACAGCUACAUCCCUGUCCUCCAGAAUUUUGGUACCUCUCUGCAGAAAAUGUGCUUCAUUGGAGAUAAUAAGCAUUUUAUAUCUCAGCAUGUCUAUGAGGGCAAACUCCAAUCAAAUCCAGAACAUCCUGUCACCAAGUCUACCUGUUUCUUCAUUGAUGUAGACAGAGCAGAGGAGAAGGCAAAGGAUACAAGCUGGAUGAACCCCAUGGAAUGCCAAGUUGCAGCAUUUAUAGCAAGACAUCUAGAAGAAAGGAAGCUCAAUUAUCGUGUGAUUACUCCAUAUGAUGCACAGCGUAGUGUUCUGGAGACACAUUUCAAGGAGCAUGGCUUGACUUGGAAGGAUAAAUGCUUCAAUGUUGAUUCUUUCCAAGGCAAUGAAGAUGAUUAUAUCAUUCUGUCCUUGGUCAGGACACGUGACAUUGGAUUCUUGCAGGACUUGAGGAGGACUAAUGUCAUGCUUACUCGUUGCCGAAGAGGCAUGUUCAUUUGCACCAGCAGGGCUUUCAUGGAGGGAGCAGGUGCUACAACUUUGGUGGGGCAGAUGGUAGCUGAGCUUGGAGAGGAUGCUUGGCUG